AUGAAUGAAUCAUAUUGUAAAGGACGAUCUGAUAAUCUACCACGGAUAGAUUCCUUCAUGGUGGUCACUUUUUUACAAAAUAAUCCCUGUUUUACUUCGGCAGAAAUUAAAGGGGUAAAAGCUGGUAGUGUUGCAGGAGAGCAGUAUGGAGAUUCUGCCAUUGGAUACAUCCAAUUAAAAAGGGAAAGUUCAAAAUGCAUAGUAAAGUGCAAAAUUUGUCCGGAGCAUAAGGUACGGAAUGCGGAAUAAACAAUAUAGCGUAGAACUGGUCGUCGACGAGGAGCUAGAGCCUGUGGAGAGGAGAGUGUACAAUGCAUGGACUGUGCAGCUUCAGCAGGUGGCUGCAAGCAUGCCAUUGCUUUUUUAAUGUGGCUCCAUCGAGUCCAUCGAAGAAGCGAAGAACCUGCCUCAACGUCUGUUAAGAAUUAUUGGAAGAAAUCUUCUCUAUCCAAAGUGGGAACAAGCCUAAAAUAUGUGAAGACGAACGACUUCGGGUCAAAAAAACAUGAAAUAGAAAAUGUACAGUCA